GAUGGAUCGAGUAUCCCCCCCCGUUUUAACGUGCAGCGUCGUCUUGUUACCCACGCUCGAUCGAUAGUCACUGUAUAUGCAUAUGCUGUCAAGCCCACAUUAACUGGAUGGAACAAAGAACACCGUGGGAGGCUGCAUGAUCGAUAUUCUGUCCCUAUGGCAGGGGUGGUUAUGUCAUAAUGAAGACAUCACUAUAUAUAUACUGCACUCCUGGAGAGCCUUGCGAUCGCUACAUUCGUCCGGCCACAACGUUGGCUACAUCUCCACUGCAAUGGGUUGCGGGGCUUCAAAGGGUUCUCGUGCGGCCAAUAGGGCCCUGCAUUAACCUGCUGUCCGACUCGCAAACGCGUCCUCUCUGCCUGCAUGCUGGUCCGGUGACGCUAUACCCCAACCACGUAUUUGUCAAGCCCUCUAUCAAAUUCGGAUCUCCCGGCAAACAGCCGCCCCCUUCUGUUUUCCAGGGAAGGCUUUUGAAUGAUGAUAAUAUAAUGCGUCACAUUUGCCCUUCCAAGGCUGCUCGCAGAAUAAUCGGGAUGUUCACUUGUCCUGCGACAACCGUACGAGGCUCCGGCCGAGUCGUCCUAGCCGAUAAUCGCUUGACCUGUGGCAAUGGACCUGCGAGCUGUCACUGCCUCGUACGCAUGUUGCGCAGAUCGCUUUCCCAAUACCUCAGGUCCUAUCCAACUCUGAAACUUCUACCACGCAUUUUCCGUGUAGGGCCUCGGAUGAGCGUAAACAAGGCGUGCAAAAGUGCGUCGGCGCCAAAGUAAUAUCACAUUGAGCGAUAGGACCAACCUAUAGUGACCAUUGUCAAUAUCUGAUUAAUUCUCCACCCCAUUCCUCCGUACUUGAGAUAUUCCCAUAAACUUGCAUCUGGGAAGACACUUUUCCCAAGAAGUAACUACAUGUUAUCGGACCAGCGUGCAUAUAAAGGAUUGUAGCACUAAACUCUGAGGAGUUUCUUCCGCUAUGGGGGGUUGG